CUGGUUCCUUGUGUAAUGUGUCACCCUCAAACAUGUCCGCUCGUUCGUUCGAUUCACCCGGUGAAUGACAGCUAUAUAAUCAAAAAUGGUCAGGAGAUUGUUUUGUUUCUAAAAUUAAGCGUUUUUAUUCCGUAAUUUAAUUUAUUUAUUUUUUCGUGCCGACCAUUCGUUCGUGCUGGACUGUGGACACUUGCAGGUGAUCCACUUCCUGCCAUGCUGCUGUCACCUCUCCUCCGCCACUCACUCCGCGGCCUCGGGUCCUCGGCCCUCCUGCCUCCCAUAUGCUUGAGGGCUCUUCGCUGCGAUGCCAGGAGGCCGCUGCACUUCCUGUGGCGGAGGACGCCCCUGUGCCCCCACAUCCAGAGCCGAGGGGUCAAGAUCAGAAAGCGUCCAAGCUUCGAGGAGCAGCAGAAGGCUCGGAACAAGACGGUGCUGACCUACGUGGUGGCCGCCGGCGUAGCCAUGGUUGGCCUAUCAUACGCCGCAGUGCCGCUUUACAGGCUCUACUGCCAGGCGGCGGGACUCGGCGGCGCGGCAGUGGCAGGCCAUGACUCGGACCUGGUGGCCAACAUGGAGCCCGUGAAGGAGCGCGUCAUCAAAGUCACCUUCAAUGCGGACACGCACGCCAGCAUGCAGUGGAACUUCAGACCUCAGCAGACGGAGAUCUUUGUGGUCCCGGGGGAGACGGCGCUGGCCUUCUACAGGGCAAAGAACCCGACAGACAAGCCCAUCAUUGGCAUCUCCACGUACAAUGUGGUGCCCUUUGACGCGGGGCAGUACUUCAACAAGAUCCAGUGCUUCUGCUUCGAGGAGCAGCGUCUGAACCCUCACGAGGAGGUGGACAUGCCCGUCUUCUUCUACAUUGACCCCGAGUUUGACUCCGACCCCAGGAUGGCUCGCGUGGACACCAUAACGCUCUCCUACACCUUCUUUGAAGCCAAGGAGGGACACAAUCUGCCGCUCCCGGGAUACAGCUACAACUGAGCGCAAAAACGGACUCGCGGCGAGACUUUUGACGUAAAGUUGGACCAAGAAGAGGAACUUUUUUUUCAGACAUUGGAAGUCACCACACUGCCAACUCGUCAUUUAGUGGAAACUUUUAAAGACUCAAAUCAAUAAAUCUUGAUCAAUUGA